AUGGCUGCAUUUAGCCAAGCUGAAGUACUAAUUUUCGAAAAGCCCAAAUAUUCACUAUUAUCAGUAGAGUCAGAAAAUUUACCAAUUUCAAAAAAGCCAGAGAAUUUACCAAUUUCAAAAGAGCCAGAGAAUUUACCAAUUUCAAAAGAGCCAGAGAAUUUACCAAUUUCAAAAGAGCCAGAGAAUUUACCAAUUUCAAAAGAGCCAGAGAAUUUACCAAUUUCAAAAGAGCCAGAGAAUUUACCAAUUUCAAAAGAGCCAGAGAAUUUACCAAUUUCAAAAGAGCCAGAGAAUUUACCAAUUUCAAAAGAGCCAGAGAAUUUACCAAUUUCAAAGAAGCCAGAGAAUUUACCAAUUCAAAAUCAAAAGAGCCAGAGAAUUACCAUUCAAAGAGCCAGAGAUUUACCAAUUUCAAAAGAGCCAGAGAAUUUACCAAUUUCAAAAGAGCCAGAGAAUUUACCAAUUUCAAAAGAGCCAGAGAAUUUACCAAUUUCAAAGAAGCCAGAGAAUUUAACCAAUUUCAAAAGAGCCAGAGAAUUACCAAUUUCAACAGAGCCAGAGAAUUUACCAAUUUCAAAAGAGCCAGAGAAUUUACCAAUUUCAAAAGAGCCAGAGAAUUUACCAAUUUCAAAAGAGCCAGAGAAUUUACCAAUUUCAAAGAAGCCAGAGAAUUUACCAAUUUCAAAAGAGCCAGAGAAUUUACCAAUUUCAACAGAGCCAGAGAAUUUACCAAUUUCAAAAAAGCCAGAGAAUUUACCAAUUUCAAAAAAGCCAGACAAAUUUACCAAUUUCAAAAGAGCCAGAGAAUUUACCAAUUUCACCCGUUUCAGACGCCUUUAA